UUUGACAGAGCUAGUAAACAAGGCUGCCUCUCACUAGGUCUUUUCUAGGAUUAUAUCAAGUUCGCAUUUUUCAAAAGUAUUGUAAUGCACGUUUGUCGCAUUCCCAGCGGAAGCACGUUUUGACGGCCAACGAAAAAAACAAAACAAAAAAAUAACAAUUUUUACUUGCUCUUUUAAAAUGUAUUUUUCCAGAUGACAAAAAUUUGUCUGCAAAGGUUAUAUUCUGCAUUCCGUUCAUUUAUAAGUUCUACGGUUGGCAUAAAUCAUUUCUUAGCAGAUGGAUUACAAAGAGAGGAUACUUUCUUUUGGACAUUACUGAUUUGGAACUUAUGUUAUAGAAUAGUUAACGACUGUACAAAACUUUUGUCAGCCACCGGAACAUGACAUAAAAGAGUUAAUAGUUGCCUUAUAAUAGAGUAUGAAAAUUUAAAUCAUUUUUGCUUUGCUGCAAAACCAUACUUUUUUCGCAUAUUCUAGAGGUGAAUCCCUGUUCCCAAAAUGAUGCUGUAUUGUAUACUAAAAAGAAGGAAAUCCAUAGUCCUCUAAAAAAGAUGAUUUAUCGUGUUCCAGGAGGAAGACACUAGUCAUUUGAAACUGACUUUGUAUUGCUUUUCGGAACUGGACAACUGGUCUUAAUGAACUGAUGUUAUUGUGUUCCGGAUAUGUGUUGCUACUUUUCGAAAACUGCUGCUGCUGCAAAUGAGUUACUAGUUACCUAAAUCUUGCGUAACAGUAUAUCUUCCAGAAGUAACUAGUCUUUUGAAACUUCGUCUUCAGCAAGUGAAUUACGAGUCAGUGAAGUCUGAUUUUCAAGAACUGAAUUGCAACGAUUCUAAAUCGGAUUUUAGAUUUCCUUGCAGAGUGUGACAUUAUUCGUGAAAUUCACAACGGAUACGUAUACGUCUUAUAAAAAAUUAGUGUUUGAAAGUAAAUUUUAUGUUUGAGUUAUUUGGCGAAUGAUCUUUUCAAAGUCAAUUGCAGGAAGAAGUGCUAGGAAGUGAUUCAGUAAAGUGACAGCGAUAAAUAUACAAUAAUCAUCAAUGAAGAAGUAGGAAGUGUUCCAUGAAGUGAUUGAAACAUAAAUGAUUAAUCAUACUCUAUUAUUAAAAUUAACUCUAAUGUACAGACUGUAAUCGCCAAACACUAGAAGAUAGCAUAGAGAAACCACACAGUAAUACAAUUUACCAGGUGUUUUUUGAAUUUCCUACAGAUAUUAUUCUUUUCUGAAGCUUUUGAACUGUGAAAUAUGAGUCCGUUUCAUUUCAUAUGUUGUUGCUUGACAGCUUUAUUUUCUCUGAAUUUAAUCCGUUGUGGCCCACGAAGUAGGCAGAACCGUAGACAAGCAGUUGGUGUCAAUGAAGGGACUCUUCGUCUGGUAGGUGGAAAAUCGUCCUAUGAAGGAAAUGUGGAAAUUUUUCACGUAGGUCAAUGGGGAUCAAUCUGUGAUGACGAGUGGGACAUUCGUGAAGCGAGUAUCGUAUGCAGAAGCUUGGGAUAUGCGAAUUCUACAAAAGCUACUCAUAAUUCUGAGUAUGGAAGAGGCAGAAGGGUCAUAUGGAUGGAUAACUUAUAUUGUAAAGGAGACGAAAAAAGAUUAGAAGACUGCAGAUUUGAUGGCUGGGGAUCGCACGACUGCUCUGCUACGGAAGCUGCGGGAGUUGCCUGCGAAUUUGAGAAUACAGCAAUUAAUAAGUCCAAUGCCUUGCUCGUAAAAAAGCCAAAGUUAAAGUUUCACAAAGAGAAAAGUAUCGAAGUUCGAAUUCAAGGAGGAAGAUACCCAAAUGAAGGACGUGUUGAGGUUAAGAUUGGAAAAAGGGAUUGGGGACUUGUUUGUGGUGAUGGUUGGAGUUUGCUUGAAGCCACUGUCGUUUGCCAAGAGUUACAGCUCGGAUAUGGACAGGCAGCUGUUCAGAGUUCCUACUUCGGAGGGCAUCAUGAAAAUAUUUCGAUAAGUGGCGUCAAAUGCACUGGCCGUGAAAAGAACAUUUCUAGUUGUUUGUAUGAAAACCUCGGAAAGGUGUUUUGUCCUGGAAAAGAUGAAAAUAUCGCAGGUGUAAUCUGUGCGAAAGAACUUCCUGAUUUGGUGCCUGAUGAGGUUGAAGUUGAACGCUCGGCUUAUUUAGAAGAUCGGCAGCUUCUUUUUCUUCAAUGUGCAAUGGAAGAAAAUUGUUUAUCAUCUGAAGCAUACAAAUUGGAUAAAAAUGACUAUGGCUGGCUUUAUGAGCAACGACGACUUCUUAGGUUUACAGCUCGAAUAGGUAACAUUGGUACAACGGAUUUCAGACCAUUUUUACCAAAGCAUGCUUGGCAAUGGCAUAUGUGUCAUUUGCAUUACCACAGCAUGGAAGUAUUUGCUCACUUUGAUAUCAUCAACUUACAAGGUCAAAAGGUGGCUGAGGGCCACAAGGCGAGUUUUUGCCUGGAAGACAACAACUGUGAAGUAGGUGUUGAAAAAAAAUAUGCCUGUGCUAAUUAUGGUGAUCAAGGCAUCUCAGUGGGCUGCACGGAUACUUAUCUACACAAUAUCGAUUGUCAGUGGGUUGACAUAACAGAGCUUCCUCCAGGAAUUUACAACUUUAAAGUCUCUAUCAAUCCCGAGUUCAAAGUAGCCGAACUUAACUACGAUAAUAACGCAGCUGUCUGUACUCUGUACUAUAAUGCUGUUUCUGCUCGUCUUUUCAACUGUACUUUGCAAAGACCAUGAAGAAUUCAAAUUUGGAUGACCAUUUGUUUGGGUGGAUUACGUUUAGCAAAAUGAACGGAUGUAUCGAUACCUUUAUUACGUUUGUCUUCGACGAGUUUGUCUUCUUUACGAAUGUCUUCAUAUUGCUUGUUUCCUUCAAAAGUGGUGUUUGUGUUUUCACGCCUUAGUAAUGUAUUUUCUUGUAUUACUUUUAUUUUAUUUAUUUGAUGACUUAAUUUUUCAGUUAAACCAUAAAUCUAUCUGCA